AGUUUUUGAAGAUUUUUAAAAUCCACUUUUGAACGGACAACUUGGAAUAAAGAACUGCUAGCAUGUUGGAGCGACGCCGCAGAUGCCAGUUGAGGCUGGAACCAUUGGUUUCGGUGCCGGCAAGGACCACUAUGACGCGCAGGACACGACGUGUCACCUUCAACAUCGAAGCCAAUGGGUCGGUUUCACCAAGAGGACCAAGACGCAGACGGAGGCGAGAGCUCCUCAAUCCGUAUUUGAUGCCCAUGCCAAUGAUGUUCAAUCCAGCACAGCCCGUUAAUCCCUGGGGCUUCAACUGGAAUCCAAAUAAUCUUUUUAAUGGUGAAAAUUUCAUGGAUCGUUUAACGGGGGGUGAUCUCGAAGAGCGUUAUCCUUUUGGAGGUGUGGAUGAUUUUGAAAUGGAUUCAGGAGCAAGCUACGAUCCUCCCCCACAGCCACCCAUAAGGUCCUUGAAGAAAACCAACGGCCAACAGGCCAUAGACGACCUUAAAGACAUAUUGUUUGGUCUGGAGACCCACUUGGCUGCCGAAAAGCUAAAGAGCUCGGAAGACAGUCAGACCACCAAUAAGGAAUCCGAAACCGAAGCUCCGGAAAACAACAAUCCUCCCGAGAUAUCUGAGAUCUCGGUUCUGACCGAUUUCAUGUCCGAAACAGUCGAAAAACUAAACAAUUAUUUAGCCCAUCACUCCCAGGAGCAGAAUAUCUAUGAUAACCACAUGGAUAGUACGGUAGACCCUCCAGUUGUGUCACCCACCACCUCACCCGUGCAGGUCCUGCUGCUUCCCGUCCAACCUCUGAUCGUCCAAAACGUUGAUCCUUCCAAUCCGAAUUCGUUCGACUCGGAGGCGGAAUCCAGGCCACCUAAGAGACAAUACAUAAACACACUGCCGUGGUUGAGGAAACCAAAGAAGCGUCCUCCGAAAUCCUCGGAAUAUGUCCGGGUGCAGAAUAGGGGGAGCAGCACAGAAGAUUUGGACACAUUGCCGAAGAUUUUGGAAGCUUCAAAAUCGGCCAAAAUGUGUAAUACCUCAGGAACCGCUUGUCAGACAGUUAGGGAUGAGGGCACCACCAUGUGGUGUCCAAUGGAAUGCUGCAGACAAUGCUGCGGAGUGGUCAGAAGUCUGGAUAAUGUUCCUCGUGUACAGAAAAUGCUUUCUCCAAGUGGCAAUACCAAGUCGAAUAUGUUUAAUCCGCCCCAAGUAGCGGCACCACCUCCUAGCCAGCUGUCCUCCGAGGAGGAAGCGGAAAUCGAGUACCCUCGGAAACCGAUUAAACAUAUGCUAUAUAGGAAGAGUAGUGGACCCUCCAUCUACCUGGCGGACACCCCACGGGGCUCUAAUGUUGUGACUUCCCCUGAUUUUCAGAGUGGAGGUGGGCAUCUGACCUACUCCUAUGUGGAGGAGGAAGAGGAGGAGCGGGAAGAAGCUCAUCCGCCAGAAGCCUUCGUCGAUGAGGAUGAUUGGAGUGACACUGACCGGAAGGUGUUGUCCGAAUGGGAAAAGGAGCAACAGUACCAGAUGCAAAUCGAGAUGAGCCGGAGAUCGCUGACCAUGAAGAACAAACAAGUGCAGACUGAUGCCUACACCUCCAGUGAGUCCAGUUCCUUGGAAAUCAUAGCCACCACCGAUAAAGCCAUUAGCACCACGGACAUAAGUAUUGGUAGACCCAAGAAGCCAGUGCAGAUUUUCAGUAUCUGCAAGAGAUCCUCCUUCAGGAGGCCAUACCGCAUGAAAAGCGGAUCCCAAUCCGAAGCCAAUAAGGUGCAGUUUGAGAAGACUCUUCAGACCGAGGGAGUUCAGGUUGGCCCGGAGAUGAGGUCGGUCGGCACCAACCCGCUCAGGCUACGACGUAAGGAAUCGCAUUCCAAAGAAAAAUCCGCUUCCCCAAAAUCCAAAUCCCGGAGGCUUCAGAAUAGAUCGACCAGUUGCGAUUACUCUCCCUUUCAGUUCAAGGACAAUCAAGGAAAUCGAGAGCAGGGGGGAUCCCCAAAUCGACCCUCAAGUCGCAAGCCAGGGCUAGAUUACUCCACUUUUUGGCAGGAUUAGAUGGAGGAUGUUCCUGCUCCUGUUUGCCCCCCUUUCUGAUAAUUUACAUAGUUCAGUUGGAUCACACGAACCCCGGAAAACGGGGGCUUGGGAGACAGAGUCUUCAGGGAUGUUGGAGGAGGUCCUGGCGAAGUAUGCUGUGUGGCGACGACAUCGUUGAAAUUAAGAAACCGAUCUGUCGCUGUGGAAAUUGCUGUCUUCGAAGCCCUGACUCUAAGGCCUGGUCAUCCAUUCCCCCGUCCAUAAGGAUGACCGAUCCGCAAAAGGAUAAAACCGAAGAGGGCCCAGGCGCGGCAACUGCCAGUCGUCGCAACUCUGCCC